AAAGGAAAGUUAGUUGGAAUUGGAACGCUUAAGAUCAGGGUCGUUUCGCCUCGACACGCCAAGGAUAGAUUUGAUUUCACUCUAGUCUUGAUCUUGAUCGUAUCCCUUUUACUGAAAAGUCAUUGUCCUGUAAUUUUUUUGGCGUUCAUCUUGAAGGAAAAGAGUCCAGCUUCUAGCAAUGAGCUACCGCCCUGUUCCUCCCUACCCACCACCAGGGACGCCCCCUCCUCCCCCGCCACCAUACUUCCCACCUCCGCCACCACCCGGGCCUCCACCUCCACCACCCCCUGGCUACCAAGGCUAUUUCUAUGAAGGGUACCCACCACCACCAACUCCUCCUCCUCCACGCCAAGACGACACUGGCUGCUCUUCCUUUCUAAAGGGAUGUUUGGCUGCACUUUGUUGCUGCUGUUUGUUGGAAAAUUUGUGCUGCUUCUAGGCCUCUUAAUCUACACUCAAAUGCUAUUUUGUAUUUCUAAAUUAGAAUUCUUGUGCCUCCAUUGCAAACUAGCAGAUCUGUAUGCUGCAUUCCAGAAGUAACCAGAAGUAAAAUUUACUAUUUUCUUCCUAA